AUAUAUAUCAUUAACCAUCAAAUCAUGACAAUUUUGUCAUAAUCACUAGUUGUGAAAAUUAUGUGAUUACUCAAAGUUUCGAAAAACUCUAAAUUUCCAGUUAAUAAAUAGGGAUGUAUUAUGACUCUUCAACCUGGCCUUUCGGUAGGAAAAUGUACCUGCGCAGAUGAAACAGGAGGCUGCAGUUAUGGUGAGAGCUGUUGCACUUGUGAUGCAGGUGCUGGUGGAAAAGUGAAUGGAAGAGGUCACGCCUGUCCUGGAAGUGGAGGCUGUGGUGGUGGUGGUAGUUGUGGGGAGAAGAAAGAUGCUAAGUGUGUCACCCCUGAUCCGCCAUUCUGCGCAGAGAAAGUAAGAAGGAUUCUUAAAAAAGUUCUGUUGGAACUUCUUGAUAGUUGUUACAGUGAAAUACUCUGUGAUAACCUGUCACAGAAAGCUGUGAGUUGCGUCAGGAGACAAGUGAAGGAAUUAAGAUUUGACCCGAGAUACAAAUUUGUUUGUUUCAUCACUGUAGCCGAAAGAGGCCAACAAAAUCUUCCUGUGAUCACUAGAACACUUUGGGAUCCAGAUUCAGAUGCUUGUGCUUGUUUCAGUCAUAGAACGUGUGCAACUAUGGCUAUAAUUCAAUGUUUUGGUGUAAUGUGUGAUAAAUGUAGUAGACCUUGUGGAAAAUAAUAUAUUGGACACUUUUUUAAA